AAGAAUAAAAUUACAUUUAAAAUGAUUGUUGUGAAUUUGAUUAUUAUACAUUUUUCAAAUAAUAAUAAAACUUACAAUAGAUAAAAAAUGAAAACUAAUAUAAUUAUACUAACAAUUAAUAACAAAAUGAUAAUUAAUGCCUUAAUAACUAUAAUUAAAAUACGGAGCACUUUCUUUAGUAAUAAAACUAUGAUUAAUACACAGACUACUAAUAUAAUAUUUAAAAUAAUAACAUUUCUUGUAUCUAAAAUGAUGUAAUUUUUUAAAAAAACUAAUUGCAUCAUCAAAUUUAAACUCAGAAUAAUAAAAUUAUAAAAAUAUUAAAUUAUAAAAAUAAAACAGUAGCUAAAUUGACCUAAAUAUAUCAUAUAAUAAUAAAAAAAAUGUAGUAAAAAAUAUAAUGAAUGCCUUCAAAAACUUUAUUUUAAAGGAUAAUAACUUAUUUUUUGAACAAUUAGAAUGUUCCAAGAACUAAGUUAUUUUAGAUCUUUUUAAUUCUUCAAAAUAAUAAUAAGAUAGUCUUUAAGAAAUGAGAAAAAAAUUCAAGAGAUACAUAGAAAAUAAAAGUUUUAAUAAUUAUUCUAUUAGACUUUUAAUCCAUCAUAUUAAUUAUGGAGGAAUUUUUAAAACUUUCCUUGAAUUUUAUUCUGAAAAAUGGCUUUAAGCAAGUAGUGUAAAUAAUAUGGAAAGCCAUAAACAAAUGAUAAAACUAAUAAUAUAAGGUUAUGAAGAUAUUAGUAUAAUUGAAAGUCUUUUAAAAUAACA